AUGAAGAUCUACAAGGAUUUCCUUAAUGGUGAUGAGUUAUUCAGUGAUGCCUUCCCUAUCAAGGUGGUGAAUGACUACAUUUGGGAAGUUGAAGGCAGUUUUAUAAAAGUGAGUGGUGGUGUGGAUGAUGCUCUCAUCGGUGCCAACCCCUCCACAGAAGGCGGUGAGGAUGAUGGUGUUCAGGACGAUGUCAGGACAGUUAUCAAUGUUGUUGAAUCUCAUCAAUUGGAACAGAUGGAUGUUGGAACAGUAAGGGAUUACCAGGCCUAUUUGAAGGGAUAUCUCAAGAGCGUUAUUAGUCGUAUGGAAGAACGCUGCCCAGAAAAGAAGGCUGAUUUCCAGAAGGCAGUUGGUGAAUACUUUAAGACCAAGGUUAUUGGUGAUUUUAAAAAUAUGGACUUCUAUCGUUCUACGAACAGUUAUCCACCGGAUCAAUAUUACAUUCCGUGCAACUUCCGCGAGGAUGGUACGACUCCAUACUUCGUUUUUAUCACCGAAGGCCUUGAUGAGGAAAAAUUGUAA